ACCAGGCCCCGCCCCUAGCCCCUACUUGCCGGCCAGCCCGCGCUUCUCAGUGCCAGAGCCAGGCGUCAGGCCACCCUGUGUACCGUCUAAGUUGCUGAGUGUCUGCACAGUUUUCAAGCUGGAACUUGGCAGAAUGGCUGAGACCUGCAAAAUGAAAUACACAGGGUUGGACAGCCCUCUGGGGAAGAUGGAGCUGUCUGGCUGUGAGGAAGGCCUGCACGGGAUACGAUUUCUCAGCGGGAAGACAUCAGGCAGCAACCCUGCAGAGGCUCCAGCUAGUCCAGAGGUGCUCAGUGGGCCAGAGGGAGUGCCAGAAGCCCUGGUGCAGUGCAGAGCCUGGCUGGAAGCCUAUUUUCAGGAACCUGCAGCCACAGAGGGGCUCCCCUUGCCUGCUCUCCAUCACCCUGUGUUCCAGCAAGAUUCAUUCACCAGACAGGUGUUAUGGAAGCUGCUGAAGGUUGUGAAAGUCGGAGAAAUGGUUUCUUACCAGCAAUUAGCAGCCCUGGCAGGCAACCCCAGAGCGGCUCGCGCAGUAGGAGGAGCAAUGAGAAGCAAUCCAGUCCCCAUCCUCAUCCCCUGCCACAGGGUGAUUUGCAGUGAUGGCACCAUUGGCAAUUACUCUGGAGGAGGGCAGGCUGUGAAAGAGUGGCUUCUGGCCCACGAGGGCAUCCCAACCGGGAAGCCAACCUUCAGAGAUCUGGGUGUGACUGGGACCUGGCUCAAGCCAUCCCGUGGGUCCACCAGCUCCAAGCCGUCUGGCCGAAAUUGAGUAACCGUUUGAGUGACACAUACUCGUAACACUGUGUCAGAAGCGGAUGUGUGCUGGUACCACUAUAUUAAAAGAGCUGCAAGCGUCCUGGGGGACUCAGUGUGGCUGCCCUUUCUUGUUUCUACAUUUUACAGCAGAAUGAGUUCAGACGACCCACCCUUGUGUAUGUCAUCAGUUCCCUUCUGUGGCAUGGUUAUUGUUCUAUUUUUAAUGCCCAUUAAAAUGGGGGUGAGUGAAAAAGGCCUGGUGAGCCUUAGGGCCCUUUUGUGUGAAGGGAGACGCAUCUGACACCUGCAGGCAACAGCUGGCCACCCCAGACUGUCCACACUGAACAGCUGACCCCACCCUGGUAGGGCCCCCAAGUCAUCCUUUAAGCCAUUCAGCCAGUGGAGAUGGCAGCCCCCAUUCAUUUCCUAGCAUCCCACCCUGGUUGGCUGGAGGAGGGACAGGGUAGCAAAUGAAUACUUUGUUGAGGGUCUCAGUGUUAACAUCCACAGUGGAUGCAAGAAGAUUUGACAGAAAAAAA